UAAUGAGUAAAUGGUAAAGAGAAGCAGUGGAAGUAACAGUAGCCGUGGGGGUCCUGCGAGCAUCACUUUCUUGUGUUUAUUCAGAUGGAGUGUUGCGAGAGGCCACGUGGGCGCCGCGGAGGGCUGUGUUGCUGGGAUUGUUGCUUCAGGUGGCUCCCACAGGCUUCUUUCAGUAGCAAUAACCUCUGCUUAUUAAGACAUGUGAGAACUCUUGUGGUAUAUGUGAGUGUGUGUGUGUGUGUGUGUGUGUGUGUGUGUGUGUGUGUGUACGUUUGUUAGUGCGUGCGUGUAGGUGUGCGCGGGGUGGGUGGUGGUGUCGGGUAUUGACUGGCCGCCUCACUCUCGCGGCGGCCACCACUCGCUCCGCACCUCCCGCUCCGUCUCCGCCAGUCACCAUGGCCACCAACGGCGCUGCUACGAACAGUUCCUCCUCCUCGGCCUCGUCCAACAGCGGACAGGCCCCCUUGGAGCAGCAGGCUGGACAGAACUUGAACGCCAUCGUGCAGGUGUUCCCGCCCAUCGUGGAGCUGAACGUGGGGGGCGUGUUCUACACCACCGCCCUCACCACUCUCCAACGCAUUCAAGACAGCCUCCUCGGCCAAAUGUUCUGUGGCAAGUCCAAGACUCCGGUGCUACGAGAUUCCAAAGGCAAGUUCUUCAUUGAUCGUGACGGAGUUCUCUUCAGAUAUAUUCUGGACUUCCUGAGGAACCAAAAACUUGUGCUGCCAGAGAACUUCAGCGAGCGGGAGAGACUGAAGAAGGAGGCUGAGUUCUUCCAGCUGCAAGAGAUGCUGGACUCCCUCACGCUUCCGAAGUCGCUAAGCCCAGUCGACCCGGCGUAUUCGGUUCGGACCUCCGUCGGGACCAUCACAGUUAGUUAUCGCGGGACUUUCGCCUUCGGUCGUGACGGACUGGCUGACGUUAAGUUCCGUAAACUUAGCCGAAUCCUGGUGUGUGGUCGAGUGACGCUCUGCCGUGAAGUAUUUGGUGAGACACUGAACGAAUCUCGUGAUCCCGACCGCGGUGCUGUGGACCGCUACACGGCUCGGUUCUUCUUGAAGCACACCUUCCUCGAGCAAGCCUUCGACAUGCUGGUGCUGGCCGGCUACAAGUGCUGCGGCUCCUGUGGCACCAGCACGGCGGGCGGCAUCAUGGUGGACAAGAAGCCCGGCAUGGACAACGAGGAAGACCGAUGGAACCACUAUAACGAGUUUGUGUGGGUGAGAGAAUAAUGUGAGGCGGGGGUCAGUGGGGCUGCCGCCAGUGCUACGGCGGCGCCCACCGGUGUCAGCAGAUCCCUCUUCUGAUGACCCCCAGUAUAGUUUAGCGGUCAGGGCUGCGGGAGUCAGCACCUCGCAGCUCCCCUCCCCCAGUCACCAAGUCGUCAACGCUGCGACACGUAGUGAUGGUGAACUGAGUCUCAUUUAUUAGCGAAAUCUAUGAGUUCGCAACAACUUUAUCUGGCAGUGUUAUUCUUGUUUGUAAAAAAAAAUAUAUAUAUAUAUAUAUACAUAUAUAUGUAAAGAGUUAUGGCCUAAAACGGGAACUGAAAAAAAUAACGUGAAAAGUCGUUAAUUAUUUAUCACAUUGAUGAACCCAGAUAAAUUAUCGCGCCAUGAACCAUUGGCUCCGAGUGGCAACGAGCAUGCCAUGUGAUCAGUCGCACACAACCGCUGUUGUUGGCAACUGUAAAUUCUAUCAUUGUUCCGAACACAAUCAUGUUCCUGUAAAUAAUCGGUGAAUGAAAACAGACUCGGAAAAUAUUAAUUACAGUUUUUAGUGAUUUCUUUCAUGCAUUGCAAAAGUGUAACACGCACUGAGUUUGGGUCGGCGAAAGUUAGCACAUCGAGACAAGCUCGUGUGUUGAGCCGCACGGCGGCUGAGCGCCUGACGACGGCCUCCCCCAGCGCGCCCAACACGCCCGGCGGGACGCGCUGCGCGACACAAAACACCAACAUCGCAGGAGUAAAUUCGCACAGACAAUUCAACAGAAGUUUUACCCCUCCAGUACACGGCCUUCAACAAUUCUUCAUAAUAAAAGAAUAAAGUUACAGUUUCCAUUCUCACGUUGGCUUAAAUUUAGCCAAGUGCAUAAAUCAAAACACAGUUGUCCAAAGGCGUGUUUGCCUGCCUGUUUCAUGCUUACUUGUGUUGACAUUUGUGUGCUGAACCUCCUCCCCAGCAGGAGCACCGAGUAUCUCAGUGUUUCACAUUAUCCGAUCCAGAACUGGCUGCAGGGCCUCGCGUGGUCGAGGCCCUGGCUGCCGGGGACCUGUCGUGUGCGUGGGGAGGGGGAACAUCUUUGCUUUCCCGUAAAGCUUCAUGUCAGAAGUGUAGUUAGAGCACUCCAGAUGAUCCUUCGAGUGUGUUUCUGUGUUCCACGUACGAUGCAUUGUGUCAGUUAGAACAUUGGUGAACCUUCCAGUGACACAUAUCCCGUCGUCUCGCCCCGCCAGCUCUGUGUCUCAGCCUCCUCUUCCUCCUCACUAUGCGGCGCUUCAGCCCGCAGCAGGAGGAUAGCGGGGGCUCUUGAGACUCAUGACAGCCGCCUCUCCACCACAGCAACCACGAGCACACUGGGUAUCGUCCAUGGACGUGGAGACCCCUGACGCGUGUUGCCGUGCUGUGGCGAGCAUCUCCCCGAGCCCUGGGGGGGAAGAGACAGCAGAGGAACAAAAUUCCCGGGAAAACCCUGCCCUACACGUGGGUCUUCUGUUCAUCGGGUAAACAAUAUGGUGAUUCGAAUUAAUGUAAGGACAAAUUGGCCAAAAUUUUCAAAUGAACUUUAGGCUUGAGUAGGAUUAUCUCUCGUCUCUCGUGCCCCUUGUAGAGUCAGUGUCGACGAGAGAUCUCAGCGGACCAUCUCCAUGACUAGCUUGUAAGACCCGCUCCUCCAGGCGGCGCCGGAGGGGCUAUUCUAGAUUUUUUGAGCGCUUUUCGUACCUAAUUUGAGGCGAGCAACGGACUGUCAGGGAGAUGUUUCUGUCCUUCCUGUCUCUGUUCACCGCAGUCUACUGAUCAGCACACUCUCCACCCUGCACCACACCCACACACCUGUCACAUCACAACCAUACAUCUGUCACACCACACCCACACAGCUGCCCCGUCUCACCCACCCACCAGUCUUACCACACCAACACACCUGUCGUACCACACCCAUGUACCUACCACACAACACCCACACAUCUGCCCAGCAACACCCAGUCACACCACACCCACAUCCCUAUCACACACUCACCAGUGACAAAAUACUCGCACACCUGUCACUCCACACCUACACCCCUGUCACACCACACCCAUAUACCUGUCACACUACACCUCUACACCUGCCACACUACAUCUACAAUCCUGCCAUGUCACAUCCGCACACCCGUCACGCCACACCCACACAUCGGCGCUGCCAUACCCUCACGCCAGACACAUCCUCACAUCACACACACACACACACACACACACACACACACACACACACACACACACACACGCCAUUUAUCCUUUUGGUUAAAAUCAUAGAAUCACAUUUUGUUUACAGAUUCAAACAAAAGCUUAUCUUUCGCAAUAAUGUAUAUUUUUCAAAACACUUGUAAACAAUUUUCUUAUGAGAGAGAGAAAGAGAGAGAGAGAUAGAGAGAGAGAGAGAGAGAGAGAGAGAGAG